CGCGGCCAUCGCGGCGGCGGUUGGCCGGCCGUUAGCUAUGGCCGCGGGCGGGGAGGAGCGGCGCGGCGCCGGGCCGCAGAAGGAGGUGGCGUACAACCGCCUGCUGCCCUACGGCGCCCGGCUGGAGGCCGAAGCCGCUUGCCUGCUCGCAUGCAUCAAAGACAACCUGGGCCGCGCCCUGCAGCUCCGCGAGCUCUGGCCCGGCGGCCUCUUCUGGACCCGCAAGCUCGCCACGUAUAUCCGUUUAUAUGGGAGAAAAUUUAGUAAAGAAGAUCAUGUGCUUUUUAUUAAGUUGUUGUACGAGUUGGUGACAAUUCAAAAGCUGGAGAUCAGCAUGAUGCAAGGAUUUGCACGUCUGUUGAUAAACCUUUUAAAGAAAAAAGAACUUCUCUCAAGAGAUGAUUUGGAAUUACCGUGGAGACCACUUUAUGAAAUGUUGGAGAGGAUACUGUAUUCCAAAACUGAACACCUGGGAUUAAAUUGGUUUCCUAAUUCAUAUCGACCAGGCUUGUCUUCACCUAAAACAUUUGUGCUUAAUGUUUUACAUAGGUGUUCUGUAGAAAGUGUCCUAAAAACACUUGUUAAAAGCUGUCGGCCGUAUUUUCCAGAGAGUGCCACUGCAGAAAUGCUAGAUGAGUGGAGACCUUUAAUGUGUCCAUUUGAUGUUACCAUGCAAAAGGCCAUCACCUAUUUUGAACUGUUUCUACCCACUACCCUUCCUCCAGAACUUCACCAUAAAGGUUUUAGGCUUUGGUUUGAUGAAUUUAUAGGCCUUUGGGUUUCAGUUCAAAAUCUUCCACAAUGGGAAGGGCAUUUAGUAAAUCUUUUUGCUCGCUUGGCCACUGACAACAUAGGCUACAUAGACUGGGAUCCAUAUGUACCAAAGAUAUUUACAAGGAUUCUGAGAAGUUUGAAUCUUCCUGUGGGGAGCAAUCAAGUUGUAGUUCCAAGAUACUUAACAAAUGCUUAUGAUAUAGGCCAUGCGGUAAUGUGGAUCACAGCCAUGAUGGGUGGACCAAGCAAAAUAGUACAGAAGCAUUUGUCUGGGUUAUUCAGUAGCAUUGCAUCCUUUUAUCAUCCUUCAAAUAAUGGUCGAUGGCUGAACAAGCUGAUGAAACUACUUCAAAGAUUACCAAAUAGCGUUGUUAGAAGAUUGCAUCGUGAACGUUACAAAAAAAUGACUUGGCUUACACCUGUGCCUGAUAGCCAUAAACUUACUGAUCAAGAUGUUACAGACUUUGUAGAAUGCAUUAUUCAACCUGUUCUUCUGGCUAUGUUCAGUAAAACCGGAAGUCUAGAGGCUGCCCAAGCCCUACAGAAUCUUGCACUAAUGCGUCCUGAAUUAGUAAUUCCACCUGUACUUGAAAAGACAUAUCCGGCACUAGAGACAUUGACAGAACCUCAUCAGCUCACAGCUACUUUAAGCUGUGUAAUUGGAGUAGCUCGUAGCUUGGUGUCUGGAGGCAAGUGGUUUCCUGAAGGUCCAACACACAUGUUACCUCUGUUGAUGAGAGCAUUGCCUGGCGUGGAUCCAAAUGACUUCAGCAAAUGCAUGAUCACAUUUCAGUUUAUUGCAACAUUUUCUACCUUAGUGCCUUUGGUAGAUUGCUCGUCUGUACUACAAGAAAGAGAUGAUCUUUCAGAGGUAGAGAGAGAGCUGUGUUCUGCUACUGCCGAGUUUGAGGAUUUUGUACUGCAGUUUAUGGACAGAUGUUUUGGGCUCAUAGAAAGCAGCACGCUAGAACAAACUAGAGAAGAGACUGAAACUGAAAAGAUGACUCAUUUGGAGAGUUUAGUGGAAUUGGGCCUCUCUUCUACUUUCAGUACAAUCCUCACCCAAUGUUCGAAAGAUAUAUUUAAGGUUGCCUUAGAAAAGGUUUUUAACUUUGCUGUUUCAAAUAUAUUUGAGACAAGAGUUGCUGGUCGGAUGGUUGCUGACAUGUGCCGAGCUGCAGUAAAAUGCCGUCCUGAGGAGUCUUUGAAGCUCUUUGUGCCCCAUUGCUGCAGUGUAAUAACUCACCUUACCAUCAAUGAUGAUGUCUUGCAUGAAGAAGAACUAGAUAAGGAACUACUCUGGAACCUUCAACUUUUGUCAGAGAUUACACGAGUGGAUGGAAAGAAAUUGCUGCCAUACAGGGAGCAGCUUGUGAAGAUUCUGCAGCAAACCCUACACUUAACCUGUAAGCAGGGUUACAUUCUGUCUUGUAACCUACUGCACCAUCUUCUUCGUUCUACUACACUUAUCUACCCCACAGAGUACUGCAGUGUGCCAGGUGGCUUUGACAAGCCUCUUUCUGAAUACUUUCCUAUCAAGGACUGGGGUAAACCAGGCGACUUGUGGAACCUGGAUAUCCAGUGGCAUGUUCCUUCAUCUGAGGAAAUAAACUUUGCCUUUUACUUAUUGGAUACUUUUCUUCAGCCUGAGCUCACAAAACUGGAACACCAUACAGAAGGAAAACUAGAAAUGUCCAGAGAUGAUGUACAGCAGUGUCUCUCUAUAGUACACAACUGCCUGAUUGGUUCGGGGAACGUUCUGCCUCCUCUAAAAGGAGAAAGGAUAGCUCACCUGCUCCCAAGUCUGGUGUCUUUGGAAGAGACAAAACUUUAUACUGGUGUUGACUAUGAUUUGUCAAGAGAGAAUUACAGAGAAACAAUUGCUAGAAUCACAAGGAAACUACUCCAUUAUAUACUUGAUAAUUCAGAAGAUGACACCAAGUCUUUGUUUCUAAUCAUAAAGAUCAUUAGUGACGUGUUACAGUUCCAAGGAUCUCACAAGCAUGAGUUCGAUUCCAGAUGGAAGAGCUUCAACCUAGUGAAGAAAUCAAUGGAGAACAGGCUUCAAGGAAAGAAGCAGCAUAUCAGAGCCUUGCUGAUUGAUAGGGUCAUGUUGCAGCAUGAGCUGAGAACACUAACUAUUGAGGGCUGUGAAUAUAAAAAUACACACCAGGGCAUGAUCAGGGAUCUUCUGUGCUUGUCCACAAGUUCCUAUGGUCAGGUCAGAAAUAAAGCUCAACAAGCCUUCUUCACAGCACUGGGAACAUAUAACUUUAGUUGCAGAGAUAUCAUUCCUUUGGUUUUGGAGUUCUUGCGUCCAGAUCGGCAAGAUGUCACUCAGCAGCAGUUUAAAGGUGCCUUAUAUUGUCUUCUUGGAAAUCACAGUGGCGUAUGCCUGGCAAAUCUCCAUGAUUGGGAUUGUAUUGUACAGACUUGGCCAGCAAUAGUCUCCUCUGGACUUAGCAAAGCCAUGUCUCUGGAAAAACCAUCUAUAGUUAGACUUUUUGAUGACCUUGCAGAAAAGAUCCACAGACAGUAUGAAACAAUUGGAUUGGAUUUUACAGUUCCAAAGAAGUGCACUGAGAUAGCUGUACUGCUGCAAAAAUCGGAACACCCCAGCACCAACUUGACAAUGCUAACAUCAGAAGAGAUUCAGUUAGGAAUUCAGCGCCAGAAGGAAAAGAAUGCUGAGGCUUUGCAAAACUAUGAGAAUUUGGUCAACAUGCUCUUAGAUUGUGUGGAAAAAAGAAAUCUCCCCUGGAAAUUUGAGCACAUAGGCAUUGGCUUUUUAUCCUUGCUCCUGAGAGAUGAUAGGGUGCUGCCUGUCCGUGCCAUAAGAUUCUUUGUGCAGUGUCUAACCCAUGAUGCCAUUGUGGUUCGUAAGAUGGCUAUUUCAGCUGUUGCUGGCAUUCUCAAGCAGCUGAAGAGAGUCCACAAAACGGUGUCCAUCUGCCCAUAUGAAGUCAGUGGAAAUCUUAAGCCUCCUAGCAUUCAGGCUGGUGACAGACUUGAUAACCAGUGGUUGCACUAUGAUGGUCAAAAUUUACCAAAGACUAAACAAGCUUGGGAAUCGUGCUGCUUUGUGGAGAAGACGCACUGGGGGUAUUAUACCUGGCCUCAAAACAUGUUAGUUUAUGCUCCUGCUGAUCAACAGCCAAAGCUUGGGCGAGGAAGAGAGGAGUUGUUAGAGGCAGAGCAAGCUAUAUAUGAUCACUUUUCUGAUCCGAAAUUUGUUGAGCAGUUAAUAAAGUUCCUAUCUUUAGAAGACCGAAAAGGAAAAGACAAAUUUAAUCCUCGCAGAUUUUGCCUCUUCAAGGGCCUGUUCAGAAACUUUGACGAUGCCUUCUUGCUAGUUUUAAAGCCCCAUUUGGAACGGCUAGUAGCAGACUGUCAUGAAAGUACUCAGCGAUGUGUAGCUGAAAUCAUAGCUGGCUUGAUAAGGGGCUCUAAACACUGGACAUUUGAAAAGGUAGAGAAACUUUGGAUGCUUCUCUGUCCAUUGCUUCGAACAGCUUUAUCUAACAUCACAGUGGAAACUUAUAAUGAUUGGGGCACAUGCAUAGCAACUUCCUGUGAAAGCAGAGAUCCUCGGAAAUUGCACUUUUUAUUUGAACUCUUGUUGGAGUCUCCCUUAAGUGGUGAAGGAGGAUCAUUUGUAGAUGCAUGCCGGCUCUACGUAUUGCAAGGUGGCCUUGCACAGCAAGAAUGGCGAGUUCCAGAACUGUUGCACAGAUUGCUUAAGUACUUGGAACCUAAACUCACACAGGUCUACAAAAAUGUCAGAGAGAGAAUAGGAAGUGUUUUGACCUACAUAUUCAUGAUAGAUGUUUCUUUGCCAAAUACUGCUCCAACAAAGUCCCCUCGUAUCCAUGAAUUCACUACACGAAUACUUGAAAAACUGAAACCCCUUAUGGAAGUGGAUGAAGAAAUUCAGAAUCAUGUAAUGGAAGAGAAUGGAGUUGGUGAACAAGAUGAGCGAACUCAGGGCAUUAAACUCUUGAAAACCAUCCUGAAAUGGUUGAUGGCGAGUGCAGGUCGGUCCUUCUCCACAGCUGUCACAGAGCAACUCCAGCUUUUACCUUUGUUUUUCAAGAUUGCCCCAGUAGAAAAUGAUAAUAGCUAUGAUGAACUCAAGAGAGAUGCUAAGAUGUGUUUAUCACUAAUGUCUCAGGGGUUGCUGUAUCCUCAACAAGUGCCUUUGGUACUUCAGGUGCUAAAACAAACAGCAAAAAGCAAUUCUUGGCAUGCUAGAUAUACAGUACUAACCUACCUCCAGACCAUGGUAUUUUAUAAUCUGUUUAUCUUCCUCAACAAUGAAGAAGCUGUCAGUGACAUCAGAUGGUUGGUAAUAAAGCUACUGAAAGAUGAACAACUUGAGGUGAGAGAAAUGGCUGCUACCACACUGAGUGGUCUGUUACAGUGCAACUUCCUCACUAUGGAUGGUCCCAUGCAGACUCACUUUGAACAGCUCUGCAAGAUGAGGUUACCAAAAAAGAGAAAACGAGACCCUGGCACCGUAGCAGAUACCAUUCCUUCUGGAGACUUGGUUAAGCGCCAUGCUGGUGUGCUAGGACUUAGUGCGUGUAUUUUGUCAAGUCCCUAUGAUGUACCCACCUGGAUGCCCCAGCUGUUGAUGGACCUCAGUGCUCAUCUGAAUGAUCCUCAGCCUAUUGAGAUGACUGUAAAGAAAACACUGUCCAAUUUCCGGAGGACCCACCAUGACAAUUGGCAAGAGCACAAACAGCAGUUCACUGAUGACCAGCUGCUUGUCCUUACAGACCUCUUAGUAUCACCCUGCUAUUAUGCAUAAAUAAGGUUUCAUUUGGAAAAUGAGGAUGUAGAAACAUUUCCGCAAAAUAAAGGAAACUCGAAACUAAUUUAUCGUGUAGAGAACUUGGUUUUGGAACUAUCUUUAAAUGCGAAUAUUCAAGUCCUGAGAGGGCUCUAUUCAUCAAGAACUCCAACUCCACAGGGAGCAGCUAUGAGAGCCUUGUAGUCUUCCAUAACUGCAUCUGUGGAGCCUGGUUCUGACAUGUUACAAAGUACCAUGUCACUGGCCUGUGUUACAAAACUGCAGUUAUUUCUCAUGCACAGUGGCUUAAGCCGGAUGUCUCUUCUCUCAUCUCAUCUUCUCUCUUCCUCCACAUCCCCAGCUAUUUUUAAGCGGUAAAUAUGCAGAACACACAGGAUUGUGUGAGUCGGAACCUUCUCAGUGAACCUCUCCAAUUUUGGUUGAUUUAACUUUUUAUCUGAUUGACCUGCAAGACCAGGAGCCAGUUUUUUUUCACAAAGGAUUUAUUUUUCACUGUGUGGGUUUGAGCACCCAUUAGAUGAUGGCCCUGUAUCAUUUAAUCCACCUCAGAUCUGGAUUACUUUUUAUAAUCUCUAUAUAAAUGUAAAUAUCCAUUCUGCUUUUUGCAGCCUAGAUCGGCAGGGCAGGAAGUGGGAAAACUUCCGUGGCCUAGUUGAGUUCUAAUAGAAGCUCAACCAGGUGCAGAACACACAACCAUGAUCAUCUGCAGCUUUCUAAGGCGGGUGGAAAGGCUGGGGAUCCUUUCAGAUGAAUAGAGCCCAUAGAUGUGAAGUUCUUGUCUCAAGCAAUGUUUCAGUUAAUAGAAUGAAGAAUAUAUGCUUUGUGCAUAAAAGCACUGAAUGGCUGACUUUUUUUUCUUUUUUUUUUUUUAAACAAGAUACCCUCAUUUACAAAGACUCUUAGUUGCUAUUUGAACAAGCAUCCCUUGCAUAAAUGGGAGACUGCUAAGAUAGUGGAAGUUCUAUUUUUUUUAUUUUUUAUUUUUUUGCCUGCAACUUUGUUCAGAGACUGAUAUCUAUUGGCUAUUUAAUGACAUGUGUAAUAUGUGUUACAUAGAUGUAAAAGACUGUAUAAAUUGUAGAGGCAUUGCAUUGAUGAAACAUUGUACAGUUUGCAACCUUUUACAUAACACCAUUGUGAGAUUAUUUUGUAAAGAUUCACACUUAAAUGUUAAUACUAUAGUGGUUUUGGCUUUUGUAUCAAAUCAAAUGCCAUUAGUUUUUUUUAAAUUAUUUUCUUUAACAGAAUAUCUUUCCAUGUCUAAAAGGCAGAGAUUUUAUUUUGUUUUGGGUUUUCAUUGAUCUCAUUACUUAUAUCUGAUGCAGAUUUUUAAUGCAAUGUUUGUGGCCAUCUCUAAAUGAAGACAUCACAUGUUUUGAUGUGGUAAGUUUAUAGAAUGCAAGGUACUUCCUACAUUGAAAUAAAUUCCCAAGUUGGUGUGUGUUUCAUCUUUCGUACAGCCAAACUGGAACACUAUGAUACAAUUUGAAUCAUCUACCUGCUGAGUAUGAGACUCAAUCCAAACUUAAAAGCACAGCAGUGUUCCUAGUACAGUAUUUAGUAAACGUCAGCACACAGAUGUAACCACUGUAUAGCGUAGUGCCAAAAUUAUUUCAAUCGUGUACCUAGUUUAAAACCCAAUAAAUGGAUUGUUUGUAACAUC